CUUUCACCCCCUCUCUCUCCCCCCUUCCUUAAAAAACCAGAGAGGGACCGAGAGGCCCUAUUGCGAUACCAAUGAAGUUAUCGAAGAUCCCGAAGAGGCUGAACGUCGAGGCGCAGCGCGAUUGGCGCGACAAGUUCUUGUGCUACAAGGACUUGAAGAAGCAAAUCAAGCUCUUCUACCGGAAAGACAGCGGCACGCACCACCCACGGGUCAAGCGCCGCCGCCUGGACUCCGCGGAUUGCACUGCGGAGGCGGAGGAGGAAGUCGAUUUCGUGGAGCUGUUGGAUGGCGAGAUCAACAAGAUCAAUGGGUUCUUCAUGGACAAAGAGGAAGAGUAUAUCAUUAGAUGGGCGGAAUUGAAAGACCGAGUAGCAAAGACCGAGGGCAUGGACAACAAGUUGAUGGAACUGCGUCGCGAAAUAGUGGAUUUCCACGGAGAAAUGGUUUUCCUCGAAAAUUACAGCUCUCUUAACUGCAUAGGACUAGUGAAGAUAAUAAAGAAGUACAACAAGCGAAGCGGAGCACCUAUCUGCUUGCCUUUCAUCCGGAAGGUUCUGCAACAGCCAUUUUGCAGGACGGAGGUGCUCAAAAAGUUUGUGAAGGAGUGCGAGGGAAUGCUCGAUCAGCUUCUCUUUGAGAAUCACCACCAGACAGUAGACUGCAAGGCGAAGGACAAUGAGACCGUCGCUGAUCCGAAAGAUGACCUGCUAAGAGUUCCCAGCGAACUCGUUGAGAAUGAGCACAUGGAGAGCAUGUACUAGAAGAUCAAUUUAGCUGCUUUGUGUGUAUUUGAGGAGAUUCAGAGCGGAAGCUCGACAGUGAGCAUGUUCUCACUAUCGCCUCUGCAUAAUGAUCAAAGGGGUGAAAAUGAGAAGAAUGACCCAUUUUGGCACCACACAAGCUAAUGAGUGAUUUGGAAGGACCCCUUGGCUUCCCAUUAUGCGUCUCUUUUCUUUUCCUGCUCGAAAGGUUUACUGAUAUUGAUACCGAUUAUCCUUCUUCUUUUCCAGAGUUAGGAGUGAGCAAACCUUGGAUAACUCUGUUGGUGCUUCUGGUUAUAAAAUUAUCCUUGUGCAUGCAGAAUAACUCAUUGGGCUUCUAAGAGUGGAAUUUAAGCAGAAUCUUUUGUUUCAUCGUUGGCAACCCUCACUGCUUUAUUUUCUGGA